UGUCACCGUAUGUGUGUCCCUGAAACAGCAUCUGACUUCUCUCAGGCAUGGGCCACUUGUCACUUCUGGCCUAAAGUCUUGUUAUGAAAGAUGUCACCCAGAGGUGGACAGAGAGAGGGAGAGGGGUGUUUCCCCCCUUUUCUCACAGCUUCCAGGAAAGGAGAUGGGGUGGCCUGUAGGGAGGUGGCUCCUGGCUGGGCCUCACCCCAGCAGUGUUAUACAGGACCCCCCUGAGUCGUUGGAGGGGGGAGCUGUUGCCAUGGCGGCCCGUGUGCAGCAAAUUCCUCCCGGGUGAAGCGGGAGAUAUUUAUACCCAGGGUCAGGGAGAGAGCGGGCAGGCGGCCGAGGGCACGAGAGCUGGGACUGCCUGGGUGCGGAGAGAGACCACUGGUGAGGGCAAUGGCAUCUCCCGGCCACAUCCUGGCUCUGUGUGUGUGUCUCCUCUCCGUGGCCAGUGCAGAAGCUCCGCAGGAACCAGAUCCGUUCACCUAUGAUUACCACACCCUGCGGAUCGGAGGCCUCACUAUCGCUGGGAUCCUCUUCAUCUUGGGCAUCCUUAUCAUCCUUAGCAAGAGAUGUCGGUGCAAAUUCAACCAACAGCAGAGAACUGGGGAACCCGACGAAGAGGAGGGAACUUUCCGCAGCUCCAUCCGCCGUCUGUCCACCCGCAGGCGGUAGAGCCUCCACCUGACUCCAAGAAACUCAGCCAGAGCUUCCUUGGCAUCUGACACCUCUCCCCACCCAACUGCUCGCCUGUGACCACCUCCAGCGUCCCCUGCAUCAGCCCUGCUUUUCGGACCCCCUUUGCUGCUCAGACCUCCAAUAAAACUCGGUUUUCCUUCUUGA